AUGCCGAAGAGUGGCGCUACCGCAACCUCCAUUCGCGCUCGAGCUCUUGCGUGGGGCAAGCCUCGGGGAGCGAGAGCGGCUGAUCUCUCCACCGCGGCCGCAGAGCAAGAGGACGGUCCCCAGGACGACACGACAGGAGAUGCUCAAGUGGGCUGCGCCGCCUCCAAGAACAACGAGACGGAGCUGCUCAAGCUCAGGGACGAGAUCCAGUCGCUCAAGGACGAGAUCCAGUCGCUCAAGCAGGACGAGAUCCAGCCGCUCCAAGACGAGAACCACGGUGGGACCGACAUCGACGUCGAGCCACGCGCGGAGACCCAGGCCGCGGCCGCAGAGCAAGAGGACGGUCCCCAGGACGACACGACAGGAGAUGCUCAAGUGGGCUGCGCCGCCUCCAAGAACAACGAGACGGAGCUGCGCAAGCUCAAGGACGAGAUCCAGUCGCUCAAGGACGAGAACCAGUUACUCAAGCAGGGCGAGAAUCAAUCGCUCAAGCAGGGCGGGAUCCAGUCACUCAAGCACGAGAUCCAGACGCUCAAGGACCAGCUCAGCAACGUCGACGCGGAGUGGGGCGUCGCCGGCUGGGUGAACUCCCUCGCCCUCGCCGAGGUGGUGGCGGAGGCGCUGAAGGAGCCGCCCGGCACCACCGACCCAUUCAAGUACGUGCUCAGCCUCACGCUCGCCGACCUCGAGGAGAAGCUCGAGGCGGUGAAGCUGGGUGGACAUGCCGAGACCCUCUGGUCCGCCAUUGAGAAGUUGCGCGGCCAAAGCGCCGCGACCGGGGCGGCGCUGAACGCCAAGUUCGCCGCGGAGGGCGACGCGUUCGAGAUGGGCUUCGGCGGCGUCGAGCAGUUCUACGGAGGCGUGCUCCUGCACGCCAGCCUCGAGAAGAUCAUCGGGCCGCCGCUUAUGGUGGAGGGCUCGCUCCUCAAGGCCAUGGAGACGGAGCACUGCAAAGAGAAGGAUGCUACCCUCCCUUUCGCCACCUCCAACGGCAUCGAGGGCGCAACCUCCAAGCUCGAGUGGGAGUUCGUCGUCGCGCCGGUCGAGGACCAGGAUGGCCGCUACGCGGAGCGCGGCGGCGACUUCCGCACGGCUCACCGCGAGUGGUGCCGCAAGCCGGAGCCGCUCUCUGUCUUCGAGAAGAAGAUGGCGGACGAGAUGAACCCGAGGCUCGUUGAGGCGGGGCAGGCGCCGCUCACCAAGGAGGAGCUGGUCGCCGGCCGGCUGUACACGGGGCCGAUGUACGAGAAGUACAACGGCGUCCUCCGCUUCUCCUCAGCGCGCGGUGCCGACGGCGCGGUGCUGCUGGAGUACGCCUCGAUGGAGGAGGUGCCCUUUCUGCAGAAGAAGUGCGGCUGGCUUAACCUCGGCGAGUGGGCUGCGACGGCGGCGGGCAAGGGCGAGGCCGCGGUGCGCUGGACGUGGCACAACCAGUAUUCGACCACCAUCCACGCGAUCAACUCGAUCAUCGUCAAGCUGUCGCCGCUGACCAGGAUAACGCCGCUCUACCGCGGCUGGAGGGGCGCCACGCUCCCGGAAGCCUUCUUCAAGCCGGACGCGCUCGGCUUCCGCGGCGGCGUCGAGUACGGCUUCUCGUCGACCACCACCGACCGCGCGCAGGCGGUGCACUACGCGGAGGGCAAGGCGUCGACGGUGCUCGAGCUCGUGAUGGGCAUGAUCGACCGCGGCGCCGACUUCUCGUGGCUCUCGCAGUACCCGCACGAGAAGGAGACGCUGCUGCCGCCGCUCAUGGGCCUGCAGGUACGUUCGACGGGCGUGGAGGGCAGCACGCUGGUCAUCCAGAGCAGCUUCUCCAUCAACAUGGCCUCGCUCACGCUCGAGCAGGUGGCGGGCAAGCGCAAGAAGCUGCUCACCGACAUGGGCGCGCAGAUGGCGGCGGAGGUGCGCCGCGGGGUGGCGGAGGGGGCAGCGGAGGAGGCGGCGCAACUAGUGCGCGUCCGACUCGGCCUCGAGCGAUGCGCGGACGCCGGAGGCGCGGCAGACAAGCGGCUUGGGGCGCCGCUCGGCGACGAGGCAGAGGCGUACAACAACGACCCGCGCUUCCAAGCGGCGGUGAGCGACGCGCUCAAGGUGAAGCGCGCGGCGGUGCUUGCGGCGACGAUGCAGCACGGCGGCGGCGGCGGGCUUGCCGCGGCGAUGGAUGCGGCAUUGCCGCUGCAGGCCAGCGGCGUCGAUUUGACGGGGCUCGACCUUGGCAGCGACGAUGGUGCGAUGGUGGGAACGGUGGUCGCGUGGAUGGAGUCUGGGCCGUCGGCGCUGAUGUCGCUGACGCUUGACUGGGGCAAGGUGUGCGGCCGCGUGCGGGAGGCGGUGCUCGACGUGGUGCGGACGACGCGUACGCUCGUCGCGCUGAGUGUGGGCGAGGAGGGGGCGAUGACGCUCAACCCGCAGCAGCUCUGCGGGCGCGAGGCGAUGACGUCGCUCGAUUUGUCAAACAAAGGCUUCGGACCCGGAUCGGCUGCCGUCAUCGCGGCGGGUCUCUCGGUCAAUGCGGUAUUGACCGAGCUCGACCUCCGCUACAACGGCAUCGGCGACGAGGGCGCCGUCGCCCUCGGCGAGGCGCUGCGCGUCAACGGGGUGAUGACCAACCUCUCGCUCGGCGGCAACCGCAUCAGCGACGCCGGCGCCAAGGCGAUCGGCGAGGCUCUCGCGGUCAACGAGGUGCUGACCUCCUUGGACGUGCGCUUCAACGGCCUCACCGAGGAGGCGACCCUCAGCAUCGUGCAUGUCGAGCGGCAGCGCAACAAGCUCACCUCGCUGGGCCUGGCUAGAUGCGGCAUCGGCCCGACUGGCGCCGCAGAGAUCGCCGAGUACGUGUCGGGCAGCGGGGUGCUGACCUCCUUGGAUGUGAGCAGCAACAAGAUCGGCUUCACUGGCGCCACCGCGAUCGCCGACGCCCUCAAGGGCAACGGGGUAUUGACCGAGUUGAAGCUCGGCGCGAACAAGAUCCGCGGCGAGGGCGCCAAGGCGCUGGCAUCCGCUCUUCGCGUCAACGGGGUGUUGAAAGCCCUCUACAUCGGCGCCAAUGGUUUGGGCGACGAGGGCGAGAGAGUGAUUCGAGAUGCGGUGAGCGGGCGGGAAGGGUUUAAGCUCCAGAUGUGA